AUGGCUGGCUCUGCGCUUUCUCUUGGUGACCUCAACGUCCUCCUGGUGCGGCAUGGAGAGAGCCUCAACAAUCCGCUGAUGGCAAAAAUAUUUGCGCCGGUGGUGGACGAGGCGCCGGCUUCGCUGCGGCGCCGUGAAGCCGAGGCACGUUGGCUGGCUGAGCGUCAUUCGGAUCCUGCACUCACCACCAGAGGUGUGGAAGAAGCUGAAGAUCUUGCGAAAGCAUCGGCGCCAAUGCUGCUGAGGUCAGCUGGAAGCCGAUUGAUCAGGGUUUUUGUGUCGCCAUUCAUGAGAACGCUUCAGACAGCCAUGCCCCUGGCUCAGGCCCUGGGCUCUUCCUGUUCGGUGGAGGUGCAUCCAGACCUUUUUGAGGUUGGCGGCGUCUACAUCGAGCGGCAUGGCCAGCGAGAUGGUCCUGGAGAGUGCUUGGGUGCCAAGGAUAUUGAGCGCCUUUUCCCAGGCUUCGUCACCAAGCGGCUUCCGCAGAGCCCAGGAGGCUGGUACCGGGCAUCCUGGGAGAGCGACGCGGCAGCGCGGCAGCGUGCCGCGCAGAUCGCAAGAUGGCUUCGGUCCGCAGAGUUGCGAAAGGCUGCAGACGACGAGCGCCUGCAGACGACGAGCACCUCUUGGGUAGUUCUGGUGAUUCAUGGCCACCUCAUCGACCUCCUGCUAAAAGCCUUGCUGGGCAUCGUUGACGACAUCUCUGUGGAUCAGCCCAACACGAACGUUUUGGCUGAGCGUCCUGUGGUGUUCUUCACACCAAAUGCGGCUACUGCCCACGUCUCGAUACGCCGAGAUGGCGGAGUGGCAAUCCACCACGUUGGCCGAAGAGCUCCGAGCCAGAGCACGCUGAGCAAACUCUGA